UGUGCAUCGCUGCUUCACAGACUUCACGGACCAGUGAGCAUUGCUGCUGCUAAACCACAACACAGAGAAAGCAAACAGCAGCACAAAGCCAGGAAUGGAAGCAGAUAAGAUGUGAAGCUCUGUCAUCCUGAGGAAAUAUGUUUUGAUGAUAUUUGAUAGAAAAGAAAAAAGAAACUACGAAAAUGCUAGCAGGUCAUGUGAGCUAGCUUUAGCUAAAAACAACAACAAAACGACAGUUAACGUUAGUUAGCUUCUUCACCCAAAUCACUGACUCGAAACCAGCGACGCGAAAGAAAGCCCAGCUGCUUUAUUUGCUCGCAUGCUGCUGGGCGUAGGCUGGGAACAGAUUUGUACAGGUAUCUUGGUGUCCAAACACUGUGUCCUGAAAAGAAUGGAGGAUUCAUCAAAAGAAGAGUACAGGAUCCAGUCUUUUGACAUGGAGACACAGAAAUUGCUCAAAACAGCAUUGAAAGAUCCAGGCUCUGUGGACUUGGAGAAGGUGUCUAACGUCAUUGUGGAUCAGUCUCUAAAGGAUCAAGUGUUUAGCAAAGAAGCCGGACGCAUCUGCUUCACUAUAGUGCAGGCAGAGGCCAAGCAGAGCAGCAGCAGUGUGUUUCGCCGAAACCUUUUGAAUCGGCUCCAGCAGGAGUUCAAGGCUCGAGAAGACACAAGGAAGAAGUCCACUCAGGAGUGGGUGUGCUUGGUCUCCUUCAUCUGCAACAUCUUCGACUACCUCAAGGUGAAUAACAUGCCAAUGAUGGCGCUAGUACAUCCAGUAUAUGACUGCCUGUUCAGACUUGCUCAGCCUGACGCACUCAAAAAUGAAGAGGAGGUGGACUGCUUGGUGCUGCAGCUCCAUCGUAUCGGAGAACAGUUGGAGAAAAUGAACCUGCAGCGGAUGGACGAGCUGUUCUGCCUGCUGCGUGACGGUUUCCUCCUGCAGGACGGCCUCAGCUCUUUGGGGCGUCUGCUUCUGCUCGAAAUCCUGGAGUUCCGUGCUGGUAGCUGGACACUCAGCGAAACGGCGCAGAAGUACUACUACAGUGAGGUGACCGACUGAGGGACUGGAAUGAGAAGAAUGAGAAUAAGAAUGCCUGUUGGAUUGUGCUCGAAUGGGGUUCAGAUUAGGUCAACCAGUGCUGGUGUUUCCAACGGCAGAUGCCAGUACAGACCAUUGAAAAAACAAAUGUCCCAAUAACAAUUUAUUUAAUACCCCACAGCUUCUGCAUAAAGAAUCCGCAAUACUAGGGCUGACAUGUUAAAGAAAAAAGCCUCAAGAGGCCACGUUUCACUGAUUUUGGUUGCCAAGCAAUAUAAUACAGCACAAGGGUUGUAAGAACUGGGUGCAUUAAUACAAACAGAAGAAAUCGCUUGUUGUAUGAAUGGACUGACUGAGGCAGUAAAGGAAGAGGAACAAAUAACAGAAUGAUAAUAUGAAGAAGGCAUAGUCAUUAGGUUAGGUUUAGUAGGUUAAUGGAUUAUAUAAAGAUUUGUUAGUUGCAGAUCUAGAUCCAAGGCUGGUUCCAUCAGAAAGAACAGAAGCCAUUGAUUUGAUGGCUUCGCUACGUAGAUUUUGAAAAUCAUGUUGACGACAUCAUGUUAUAUCAGCAUUCUCUGACACUAAUGAUUUUAUUUAAAGAGCCCAUAAUCCACAUUCUUCUUGUGUUAUCAUUUUCACUGAGGCCUACUAAUGACAUUAGGUUUGUUUCAUUUUUACAUAAUCACUUUCCAACUUCUUUUUUCCUUUAAUAUUAAACAUGGUGUUUUUGAUAGGCUACCAUGAAUUUAAGCCUGGUAUAUGUAAAUGAAAUGUAAAUGACUGCUCAACCCACACUCCCACACUGGGCGUACUUAGGCAGCAAAAUGACAGAUUUCCAUAUUGGGAAAUAAACAAUACAUUUUGAAAAUGUACGUGUUUACAGUCAACUCCUACAGCUUUUAUUUGGCAGUGAGGAAAGUUGACUUUGACAUGAUAUGGGCCCUUUAAAUAUUGAACUAAUGCGUCAGCCGUGAAGACCACUGGUUGGGAACAUUUCCUUUAAUGAAAGACUGGAAAGGACACUGGAUGAGUGUCAGUAUUGGAAGUGAACUAAUCAUGCGUGUUUGAUUCAGUCUUAUCAGUUUCUUUGGAUGACCAUCAAAUGAAGUGACUUUUGGUCAGGAUUCUUCUGAAGGUUUUAAUAGAGCUUUAGUUCACAGUUAGGUUGCUAAAAUUAUCUUUACCAAAGGCUCAAGUUUUAAAACCUUUAUUUAGGUCUUAGGUCAAGUUUGCUAGUUUCUAAUUGAGAACAGUACUGGUAGGCCACUGGGGGCCGCCUUUAAAACGCCAGUCAAAUGGACCAAUGAACCUAAGGAGCAGUCAAAAUGAAUCCUAUGACACUUACUAAAAUCUAAUUGAAACGUAUCUUGUAGAAAAGCCUUAGCUUCACAUUGUCCCAUUUCUACCAGCAAUAAGCCCAAAGCAAAGGAAAUAUUCUGCUUUUGUUUUACAUCUCCCAGUUUGCUAGUAUAGAAAUAGUCUCCUCAAUGGUGCUUAAGUUAUUCUGUCAUCUAAAUUGAAAUCCUUUAGGAUUUUCUUAUUGGAAGGAAAAGGUGAAAUAGGAAUUUCACUGAUUUUUAAGAUUCUUUGCAUAAUUAAAAGGUUGAUGUGUACAGUGGUUUGAUGUUAAGUAGUUAAUUGUAGAGAAACUUAUUAACUUUAAUAAGUUUAACUUAUUAAACUUAUUUCUUUGCAGUAGUGGUGAUGGGAACCAGGUGUCAAAUUUUAUUUACUAUCCAAAACAACCAGUGAAUCUGCAUGCAUCUUCUGAGCUUUUAUACGUAAUGUUAAAUGGUAAAAUAGUGUUAGAUCUGAAAAAAUAUGUUCUCUGUGGACACUAUUCGCUUUACAGUGACCUGCAUGUAAGUCUGUACAGUGAAUCUUUUUUUUAAUAUGUAAAUCUGUAAACCAUCACAAAACAAUGUCUCCGACAUCAGGCAUUGUAUUGGUAAUUAUGUUAUACGUUUCUGUUAUGUAGCUUUUAGAGGCACUAAAGGCACUUGGAGGCAUCUGGUUCCUGUUAACACUGCUGUGAACAAUUGGAUGUUCUCUAGAGCAGAGCAACUCCUCAAUGGUGCUAACAUUAUUGUGUCAUCUAAAUUUCAAGCAUUUAGGUUUGUUUGGUUUUUAUUGGAAGGAAAACCACUGUACCCAAGUGUUUAAAUAGGAAUUCCACAGGUUUUUCAAAUUCUCUGCUUAAUUCAAUGGUUUAUUAUAACUACAGAGAUAAAGUAGUUUGAUGUGAAAUGAUGUGAAAACUUGCUCAUAUUUAUUUGCAGUGGUGGAGAUGGGAACCAGGGGUUGACAUGUGUACAAAGCAAAUAUGGCCAUUUUAUUCACUAUUUAAAACAACUAAUGAACCUAACCUGUCUUCUGAAUUUUUAUAUAAUGUUGAUGAUGGUAAAAUAGAUGCAGUGCUCUGUAGCAUAAAUGGCAUAAGGUUUAGGCCAAAAUGAUAUACUGUUAUAAAAGUGUCUCAAACAUCAGGCAGCAUAUUGUCAUUUCCUGUGAUGGGGCUUUUAUACGCAUUAAAUGCUUCAGUCGUCUGGUUCCUAUCACCACCAUGGUGAACAGUUUUGCUUUUAAGGUUUCUCUUGAACAGAGUAUUACACAUCCAACCACUCUGGAUAACCGCGAUUUAAUUAUGCAAACAUUUUGAAAAGCUUUGUGGAAUAACAGAAUGCUUCUGCUACAGUAUUUGAACCUAAGUAAUAACAUUGUUAUUCUUUGUUUAGAGCCUGACCAUUUCAAAUCUAAAUUUUACAUUACAAAUGCAAUAUUGAGAUGCUACAUGAAAGACAGUGCCUUAAAUCAGCUUUCACUUACAUUAGACUUAAUUGUAACUUACUUAUUUUUUAUUGAACUUAAUUUUAACUUAGACUAGGCAAGGAAAAAAACUUACACUAGUGACUUGGCAGUAUAGUAUAGGAAAAUCAUGAAAAGGAAUAAUGAUGUAUAUCUUGAGUUAACUUAUUUCAUAAUUUAGCUAGAACGAAAUCUAAAGCUAUUGUUGGUCUAUUUUUGGCUUAACUUGAAUACUGACUUGUGAAUGACAGCUGACCUCUAUGAGGUCAGUCAUUGAUUUUUAAGAAAUCUAUACAUUUGACCAGAUGUUUAAAUAACACAGUGUGCCUAUCAUGUUUAUUUAAUGACCAAAUACAAAAAUCUUUUGUAUUUAACAAUUUUGUACCAUGAUAAUUAAAUGUCACCACAAGUUUCAGUAUUUGGUAGGUUUUCCUAGGGUAGGUUUUUGAACUUAAAGGUGAGAUAUUUCUUGUUCUAGUGUUGAAAGUUUACAGUGAUUGUCUCGGAUUCAAAUAAAGAUUUAUGCAAAUA